AUGCUGACAACGUUAUCCAAUACGGCACAGAUAGGAGGCUAUCUUGAAAUUAAAGGAGUAGCGUUACACAUCACUCGUUCAAAACUCUCACGUUCUAAAAUCGACAACGAUGAUCUAUCCAGCAUAUCUGUGGAAACGCUCCAUCCGUUCGUUAAGCCUUAUAUAACUGCGUCAGAAUUCAACAGAAUAUUGCUGAUAUGUCAUAUUUACUUUGAAUUGCAUCUAUAUAUUUGUUAUCUGCGUAACAAGUAUUUGGCUGUUGCAAUAUGGGAUGGUAUCAUCCGAGAUUGGCUUCGUUGGCUUGAUCGUUUUUUAUAA